AUGAGGGUGUGGGGAGCUCUAUUUCAGACCUUCGGCCUUCCCCUGCUGGCCACAAUCAGAGGGAGAGAAAUCUGCUACGGACAUCUUGGCUGCUUUUCUGAUGAAAAACCAUGGGCAGGAAUCCUUCAGAGACCUUUAAAGUUGUUGCCUUGGUCCCCCAAGGGCAUUGACACCUGCUUUCUUCUGUAUACAAAAGAAAAUCUGAACAACUACGAACUGAUCACUGCCACUGAUCCAGACACCACUGAGGCUUCAAACUUCCGACUGGACUGCACGACACGCUUCAUCACCCAGGGCUUCACAGACAAGGGCGGGGAGAGCUGGGUGCUGGACAUGUGCAAGAAAAUGUUCAAAGUGGAGGAGCUGAACUGCGUCUGUGUGGAUCGGAGGCGCGCGGCUCGCACGGGAUGCACCCAAGGGGUCAACACCAGCGUCGUGGGGGCGGAGAUCGCUUCCCUAACACGAGAGCUGUUGACGGAGCUGGGGUCCCGCCCCGAGGACGUGCACCUCAUCGGCCACACUGGAGCGCACACGGCCGCGGAGGCGGGCAGCAGGCUGGGGGGCCGCGUGGGCAGGAUCACAGGGCUGGAUCUGGCAGAGCCAUGCUUCCAGGGCACACCCGAGGAGAUUUGGCUGGACCCAUCUGAUGCCAUGUUUGUGGAUGUGGUUCACACGGAUUCUGCUCCCAUAAUCCCUUUCCUAGGUUUUGGAAUUAGCCAAAAGGUGGGCCAUCUGGAUUUCUUUCCAAGUGGAAGAAAACAAAUGUCUGGAUGUGGGGAAAAUGCCCUAUUGACCGUCAUUGAUAUAAAUGGAAUAUGGGAAGGUAAGAAAACGCGAGACUUUGCAGUUUGCAAUCACCUACAAAGCUACAAGUACUGUGCAAACAGCAUCCUCAGCCCUGACUGCUUCCUGGGCUACCCCUGCACCUCCUAUGAUGAGUUUCAGGAGGAAGAUAGAGGCUGUUUCCCCUGCCCAACAGAAGGAUGCCCCAAAAUGGGGCACUAUGCUGGCCAAUUUAAGGGGAAAACCAGUGCUAUGGGACAAACCUUUUUCCUGAACACAGGAGAGAGUGGUAACUUUACUGGGUGGAGAUAUAAGGUAUUGGUCACACUGUCUGGAAAAAAGAAAGUGAGUGGGUACAUCAGAGUUGCUUUGUAUGGAAGUAAUGGAAACUCAAAACGAUAUGAGAUUUUCAAGGGAUCCCUCAAACCAGGUGAAAGCCAUCUGUAGGACAUUGAUGUGGACCUCAAUGUUGGAAAAAUCCAGAAGGUUAAGUUCUUCUGGAACCAUCACAUGAUAAAUCUCCUCCAGCCCAGACUGAGGGCUUCCCAAAUCACAGGGCAACGUGGUGAAAACGGGACUUGGUAUAAUUUUUGUAGCAGUGACACUGUGCCGGAAGACGUUUUAUAGUCUCUUUCCCCUUGUUAA